AUGGCAUCCAAGUAUCCUCAACGCAAGAUUGGGGACACGUCUGUCUCGGCCCAAGGUCUUGGCUGUAUGGGUAUGAGUUUUGGUUAUACAUCUUACGGUGGCUAUGAUGAUGAGGAAUCUCUCAGGGUUCUUACACGGGCUGCUGAUCUUGGCAUCACCUUUUGGGACACAAGCGACGUGUAUGGUCCAUUCACCAAUGAAAAGCUCAUCGGCAAGUGGUUUAAGGAGACCGGUCGACGUAACGAGAUCUUUCUAGCCACCAAGUUCGCCCACGCAAUGAUCAACGGACAGGUGGAGAUUGUUGGAACCCCCGAAUAUGUCAAACAAGCCUGCCAGAAAAGCUUGGAGCGUCUGCAGACCGACUACAUUGAUUUGUACUACCAACAUCGCGUAGACCCCAAUACGCCUAUCGAAAAGACCGUAGGCGCUAUGGCUGAGCUCAUCAAGGAGGGCAAGGUGCGCAACCUUGGUCUAUCUGAGUGUUCUGCGCGGACUUUACAAAGAGCUCAUAAGGUCCACCCCAUCGCUGCGGCACAGAUGGAAUACUCGCCUUUCGCUCUACAAAUCGAGUCGGACCAAACCAACUUUCUGUCGACAGCCAGAGAAUUGGGUGUCAAAAUCGUUGCUUACUCUCCACUCGGUCGUGGUUUUUUGACUGGUGCUAUCAAGAGCAGGGAGGAGCUUGACCCGUCUGAUUCUCGCUUCUAUCACCCACGAUUCUCGGGAGAACACUUCAAAGAUAACCUAAAGUUGGUCGAAGUCUUGGCAGAUAUUGCAAAGGAGAAGGGAAUCACACCCGGACAACUAUCUCUAGCAUGGGUCUUAGCGCAAGGUGAAGAUAUCAUUCCUAUUCCCGGCACAAAGCGCAUCAAGUACCUCGAAGAGAAUGUGGAAGCAGUCAACAUCAAGCUUUCCAAAGAUGACGAGUCUAAGAUUAGACAGGCCAUCAACAGUGUUGGAGGUUCAAAAGGCCAACGCUACCCGGUAGCGAUAAUGUCCAGGUGUUUUGGCGAUUCUCCUGAGCUUGAUAGCUCAUGA